AACAAGCAAUCGAUAUUUCACAAUCAAGGGUGUAAUACUAUUUGUAGUAGCGGUCCUUAUAUAUCGUAUUAACAAUCGAAAUAUGGUCGAAAGAAAAAAUCUCUAUUUGAGGGGGCUUCUUCCUAUACCUAUGAAUUCCAUUGGACCCAGAAAUGAUACCUUGGAAGAAUCGGUUGGGUCUUCCAAUAUCAAUAGGUUGAUUGUUUCGCUCCUGUAUCUUCCAAAAGAAAAGAUCUCUGAGAGUUGUUUCCUGAAUCCGAAAGAGAGUACUUGGGUUCUCCCAAUAACUAAAAAGUGUAGCAUGCCUGAAUCUAACUGGGGUUCGCGGUGGUGGAGGAACUGGAUCGAAAAGAGGGAUUCUAGUUGUAAGAUAUCUAAUGAAACCGUCGCUGGAAUUGAGAUCUUAUUCAAAGAGAAAGAUAUCAAAUAUCUGGAGUUUCUUUUUGUAUAUUAUAUGGAUGAUCCGAUCCGCAAGGACCGUGAUUGGGAAUUAUUUGAUCGUCUUUCUCUGAGGAAGAGGCGAAAUAGAAUCAACUUGAAUUCGGGACCGCUAUUCGAAAUCUUAGUGAAACACUGGAUUUCUUAUCUCAUGUCUGCUUUUUGUGAAAAAAUACCAAUUGAAGUGGAGGGUUUCUUCAAACAACAAGGGGCUGGGUCAACUAUUCAAUCAAAUGAUAUUGAGCAUGUUUCCCAUCUCCUCUCGAGAAAGAAGUGGGCUAUUUCUUUGCAAAAUUGUGCUCAAUUUCAUAUGUGGCAAUUUCGCCAAGAUCUCUUCGUUAGUUGGGAGAAUCCGCACGAAUCGGAUUUGAGGAACGUAUCAAGAGAGAGUUGGAUUUGGUUAGACAAUGUGUGGUUGGUAAACAAGGAUCUUUUUAGAAAGGUACGGAAUAUAUCGUCAAAUAUUCAAUAUGAUUCCACAAGAUCCAGUUUCGUUCAAGUAACGGAUUCUAGCCAACUGAAAGGAUCUUCUGAUCAAUCCAGAGAUCAUUUGGAUUCCAUUAGUAACGAGGAUUCGGAAUAUCACACAUUGAUCAAUCAAAGAGAGAUUCAACCACUAAAAGAAAGAUCGAUUCUUUGGGAUCCUUCCUUUCUUCAAACAGAAGGAACAGAGAUAGAAUCAGACCGAUUCCCGAAAUGCCUUUCUGGAUAUUCCUCAAUGUCCCGGCUAUUCACGGAACGUGAGAAGCAGAUGAUUAAUCAUCUGCUUCCGGAAGAAAUCCAAGAAUUUCUUGGGAAUCCUACAAGAUCGGUUCUCUUUUUCUCUGAUAGAUGGUCAGAACUUCGUCUGGGUUCGAAUCCUACUGAGAGGUCCACUAGAGAUCAGAAAUUGUUGAAGAAACAACAAGAUCUUUCUUUUGUCCCUUCCAGGCGAUCGGAAAAUAAAGAACUGGUUAAUAUAUUCAAGAUAAUUACGUAUUUACAAAAUACUGUCUCAAUUCAUCCUAUUUCAUCAGAUCCGGGGUGUGAUAGGGUUCUGAAGGAUGAACCGGAUAUGGACAGUUCCAAUAAGAUUUCAUUCUUGAACAAAUCCAUUUUUGAUUUAUUUCAUCUAUUCCAUGACCGGAACAGGGGAGGAUACACGUUACACCACGAUUUUGAAUCAAAAGAGAGAUUUCAAGAAAUGGCAGAUCUAUUCACUCUAUCAAUAACCGAGCCGGAUCUGGUGUAUCAUAAGGGAUUUGCCUUUUCUAUUGAUUCCUACGGAUUGGAUCAAAAACAAUUCUUGAAUGAGGCCAGGGAUGAAUCGAAAAAGAAAUCUUUAUUGGUUCUACCUCCUAUUUUUUAUGAAGAGAAUGAAUCUUUUUCUCGAAGGAAGAAAAAAUGGGUCCGGAUCUCCUGCGGGAAUGAUUUGGAAGAUCCAAAACCAAAAAUAGUGGUAUUUGCUAGCAACAACAUAAUGGAGGCAGUCAAUCAAUAUAGAUUGAUCCGAAAUCUGAUUCAAAUCCAAUAUAGUACCUAUGGGUACAUAAGAAAUGUAUUGAAUCAAUUCUUUUUAAUGAAUCGAUCCGAUCGCAACUUCGAAUAUGGAAUUCAAAGGUAUCAAAUAGGAAAGGAUACUCUGAAUCAUAGAACUAUAAUGAAAUAUACGAUCAACCAACAUUUAUCGAAUUUGAAAAAGAGUCAGAAGAAACGGUUCGAUCCUCUUAUCUUGAUUUCUCGAACCGACGGGAGAUUCAUGAAUCGGGAUCCUGAUGCAUAUAGAUACAAAUGGUCCAAUGGGAGCAAGAAUUUCCAGGAACAUUUGGAACAUUUCGUUUCUGAGCAGAAGAGCCGUUUUCAAAUAGUGUUCGAUCAAUUACGAAUUAAUCAAUAUUCGAUUGAUUGGUCUGAGGUUAUCGAAAAAGAUUUGUCUAAGCCACUUCGUUUCUUUUUGUCCAAGUCACCUUUUUUGUCCAAGUUGCUUUUCUUUUUGUCGAACUCACUUCUUUUCUGUGUGAGUUUCGGGAAUAUCCCCAUUCAUGGGUCCGAGAUCUACAUCUAUGAAUUGAAAGGUCCGAAUGAUCAACUCUGCAAUCAGUUGUUAGAAUCAAUAGGUCUUCAAAUUGUUCAUUUGAAAAAAUGGAAACCCUUCUUAUUGGAUGAUCAUGAUACUUCCCGAAAAUGGAAAUUCUUGAUCAAUGGAGGAACGCCCUUUUUGUUCAAUAAGAUACCAAAGUGGAUGAUUGACUCAUUCCAUACUAGAAAUAAUCGCAGGAAAUCCUUUGAUAACGCGGAUUCCUAUUUCUCAAUGAUAUUCCACAAUCAAGACAAUUGGCUGAAUCCCGUGAAACCAUUCCAUAGAAGUGCAUUGAUAUCUUCUUUUUGUAAAGCAAAUCGACUUCGAUUCUUGAAUAAUCCACAUCACUUCUGCUUCUACUGUAACACAAGAUUCCCCUUUUAUGUGGAAAAGGCCCGUAUCAAUAAUUAUGAUUUUACGUAUGGACAAUUCCUCAAUAUCUUGUUCAUUCGCAACAAAAUAUUUUCUUUGUGCGUCGGUAAAAAAAAACAUGCUUUUGAGGGGAGAGAUACUAUUUCACCAAUCGAGUCACAGGUAUCUAACAUAUUCAUACCUAACGAUUUUCCACAAAGUGGUGACGAAACGUAUAACUUGUACAAAUCUUUCCAUUUUCCAAGUCGAUACGAUCCAUUCGUUCGUAGAACUAUUUACUCGAUCGCAGGCAUUUCUGGAACACCUCUAACAGAGGGACAAAUAGUCAAUUUUGAAAGAACUUAUUGUCAACCUCUUUCAGACAUGAAUCUAUCUGAUUCAGAAGGGAAGAACUUGCAUCAGUAUCUCAAUUCAAACAUGGGUUUGAUUCACACUCCAUGUUCUGAGUUACCAUCCGAAAAGAGGAAAAAACGGAGUCUUUGUCUAAAGAAAUGCGUUGAGAAAGGGCAAAUGUAUAGAACCUUUCAACGAGAUAGUGCUUUUUCAACUCUCUCAAAAUGGAAUCUAUUCCAAACGUAUAUGCCAUGGUUCCUUACUUCGACAGGGUACAAAUAUCUAAAUUUGAUAUUUUUAGAUACUUUUUCAGACCUAUUGCCGAUACUAAGUAGCAGUCAAAAAUUUGUAUCCAUUUUUCAUGAUAUUAUGCAUGGAUCAGGUAUAUCAUGGCGAAUUCUUCAGAAAAAAUGGUGUCUUCCGCAAUGGAAUCUGAUAAGUGAGAUUUCGAGUAAAUGUUUCCAUAAUCUUCUUCUGUCCGAAGAAAUGAUUCAUCGAAAUAAUGAGUCACCAUUGAUAUCGACACAUCCGAGAUCGCCAAAUGUUCGGGAGUUCCUCUAUUCAAUCCUUUUCCUUCUUCUUGUUGCUGGAUAUCUCGUUCGUACACAUCUUCUCUUUGUUUCCCGGGCCUCCAGUGAGUUACAGACAGAGUUCGAAAAGGUCAAAUCUUUGAUGAUUCCAUCAUCUAUGAUUGAGUUACGAAAACUUCUGGAUAGGUAUCCUACAUCUGUACCGAAUUCUUUCUGGUUAAAGAAUCUCUUUCUAGUUGCUCUGGAACAAUUAGGAGAUUCUCUAGAAGAAAUACGGGCUUCUGGCGGCAACAUGCUUGGUCCCGCUUAUGGGGUCAAAUCACUACGUUCUAAGAAGAAAUAUUUGAGUAUCAAUCUCAUCGAUAUCAUCGAUCUCAUACCAAAUCCCAUCAAUCGAAUCACUUUUUCGAGAAAUACGAGACAUCUAAGUCAUACAAGUAAAGAGAUCUAUUCAUUGAUAAGAAAAAUAAAAAACGUGAAUGGGGGUUGGAUUGAUGAUAAAAUAGAAUCCUGGGUCGCGAACAGUGAUUCGAUUGAUGAUGAAGAAAGAGAAUUCUUGGUUCAGUUCUCCGCCUUAACGAGAAAAAGGAUUGAUCAAAUUCUAUUGAGUCUGACUCAUAGUGAUCAUUUAUCAAAGAAUGACUCUGGUUAUCAAAUGAUUGAACAACCGGGAGCAAUUUACUUACGAUACUUAGUUGACAUUCAAAAGUAUCUAUUGAAUUAUGAGUUCAAUACAUCCUCUUUAGCAGAAAGACGGGUAUUCCUUGCUCAUUAUCAGACAAUCACUUAUUCCCAAACUUCGUGUGGGACUAAUACUUUGCAUUUACCAUCUCAUGGAAAACCCUUUUCGCUCCGCUUAGCCUUAUCCCCCUCUAGGGUUUUAGUGAUAGGUUCUAUAGGAACUGGACGAUCCUAUUUGGUCAAAUACCUAGCGACAAACUCCUAUGUUCCUUUCAUUACGGUAUUUUUGAACAAGUUCCUGGAUAACAAGCCUAAGGGUUUUCUUAUUGAUGAUAUCGAUAUUGAUGCUAGUGACGAUAUUGAUGAUAGUGACAAUAUUGAUGCUAGUGACGAUAUUGAUGCUAGUGACGAUAUCGAUCGUGACCUUGAUACGGAGCUGGAACUGCUAACUAUGAUGAAUGCGCUAACUAUGGAUAUGAUGCCGGAAAUAGACCGAUUUUAUAUCAUCCUUCAAUUCGAAUUGGCAAAAGCAAUGUCUCCCUGCAUAAUAUGGAUUCCAAACAUUCAUGAUCUGGAUGUGAAUGAGUCGAAUUACUUAUCCCUCGGUCUAUUAGUGAAUCAUCUCUCUGAAAGAUGUUCCACUAGAAAUAUUCUUGUUAUUGCUUCGACUCAUAUUCCCCAAAAAGUGGAUCCCGCUCUAAUAGCUCCGAAUAAAUUAAAUACGUGCAUUAAGAUACGAAGGCUUCUUAUUCCACAACAACGAAAGCACUUUUUCACUCUUUCAUAUAAGGGAUUUCACUUGGAAAAGAAAAUGUUCCAUACUAACGGAUUCGGGUCCAUAACCAUGGGUUCCAGUGCAAGAGAUCUUGUAGCACUUACCAAUGAGGCCCUAUCGAUUAGUAUUACACAGAAGAAAUCAAUUAUAGACACUAAUACAAUUAGAUCCGCUCUUCAUAGACAAGCUUGGGAUUUGCGAUCCCAAGUAAGAUCAGUUCAGGAUAAUGGGAUCCUUUUCUAUCAGAUAGGAAGGGCUGUAGCACAAAAUGUACUUCUAAGUAAUUGCCCGAUAGAUCCUAUAUCUAUCUAUAUGAAGAAGAAAUCAUGUAACGAAGGGGAUUCUUAUUUGUACAAAUGGUACUUCGAGCUUGGAACGAGCAUGAAGAAAUUAACGAUACUUCUUUAUCUUUUGAGUUGUUCUGCCGGAUCGGUCGCUCAAGAUCUUUGGUCUCUACCCGGACCCGAUGAAAAAAAUGGGAUCACUUCUUAUGGACUCGUUGAGAAUGAUUCGGAUCUAGUUCAUGGCCUAUUAGAAGUAGAAGGCGCUCUGGUGGGAUCUUCACGGACAGAAAAAGAUUGCAGUCCGUUUGAUAAUGAUCGAGUUACAUUGCUUCUUCGGCCCGAACCGAGGAAUCCCUUAGAUAUGAUGCAAAACGGAUCUUGUUCUAUCUUUGAUCAGAGAUUUCUCUAUGAAAAAUACGAAUCGGAGUUUGAAGAAGGGGAAGGAGAAGGAGUCCUCGACCCGGAACAGAUAGAGGAGGAUUUAUUCAAUCACAUAGUUUGGGCUCCUAGAAUAUGGCGCCCUUGGGGCUUUCUAUUUGAUUGUAUCGAAAGGCCCAAUGAAUUGGGAUUUCCCUAUUGGUCCAGGUCAUUUCGGGGCAAGCGGAUCAUUUAUGAUGAAGAGGAUGAGCUUCAAGAGAAUGGUUCGGAGUUCUUGCAGAGUGGAACCAUGCAGUACCAGACACGAGAUAGAUCUUCCAAAGAACAAGGCCUUUUUCGAAUAAGCCAAUUCAUUUGGGACCCUGCAGAUCCGCUCUUUUUCCUAUUCAAAGAUCAGCCCCCUGGCUCUGUGUUUUCACAUCGAGAAUUAUUUGCAGAUGAAGAGAUGUCAAAGGGGCUUCUUACUUCCCAAAUGGAUCCUCCUACAUCUAUAUAUAAACGCUGGUUUAUCAAGAAUACACAAGAAAAGCACUUCGAAUUGUUGAUUAAUCGUCAGAGAUGGUUUAGAACCAAUAGUUCAUUAUCUAAUGGAUCUUUCCGUUCUAAUACUCUAUCCGAGAGUUAUCAGUAUUUAUCAACUCUGUUCCUAUCUAACGGAACGCUAUUGGAUCAAAUGACAAAGACAUUGUUAAGAAAAAGAUGGCUUUUCCCGGAUGAAAUGAAAAUUGGAUUCAUGUAA